ACCCACCCGUGCGGGCACAGCAGCAGCAGAGCCGCGCAUCUCCUUCCUCGCGAAACCGAGUAGGUGGAGGCCUUAUCCUCUUCGUUGCCACGACCCACGACGCAGACCCCAACCCACUCCCACUCCGACAGGAAAAGAAAAGGGAGGACGACGGAGUCGCUCGCCGUAGAUCGGAUGAGAACAGAGAUGGACUGCUGUAGAUAAUGCUACACUUUUCCGGGGUUUUCUCUCUCUCUCUCUCCCGCGAGCUGACUGACGGCUCCUUUAUCUCCUCCCGCGUGCAUCCCCCAGCUACUCGUCAUUCUUAUCCGCCUGCCUCCGCCCUCCGCCACCGCUACCUUUAUAGCUCUAGCUUCCUUCCUCCAUUCCCUCCUCAUGCCUUCGUCUUCGUCGUCCUGCAGCCCCGCAAUAGAGCAUCGUACUUCAUCGUUCCACUUACAUCGUUUGUUCGUUCGUUCUUCCGCGUGAUCUGCUUGGGAGUUGGGGGCAAUGGAGGCCUACGUCCUGUUCGCGCGCGCCAAGGAGCAGGAGGAGGACAUCGGCUGCCCGUCCGAGUCGUCCGCGGCGCGUUCCACGUCCUCGUCGUCGGACGGGGUGGACCUCGCCGACGACGCCAGCUCGUCCGGGUCCACCUGCCACUUCGAGAUGGCCUCCCUCAUGACGCACCUCCCGAUCAAGAGGGGCCUGUCCAAGUUCUUCGCCGGCAAGUCGCAGUCGUUCGCGUCGCUGGCGGCGGUGGGCGGCAUCGAUGACCUGCCCAAGCCGCCGGCGAAGCGGCUCAAGACGUCGUGGAGCUGCGGCGUCGGCCUCGAGGACGCGCGCCGCGGCCCUCCCUCCGUGACGACCGCCAAUAAGCAGGCGUCCAGCAGGGCACGGCUGACGCCGUCGGCGCUCGGCUCGACGCCGAGAAGGCUGGUGCGAGCGCGGCCGCUUGUAACGGCGAGACCGGAGGCGGCGGCCGGGAAGCCCCUGUUAUUUGCAUAGGGGGAAGGGAUUCGCCUGCCUACCAGUAAAAUCACUAUCACAUAAUUCGGCUGUUACUUGUUAGUUUGCGCGGAACUUGAAAAGUGAAAUGGCCAGAGAUUUGACCCAGUUUCCGCGUGUAAAUAUUUUUGCAACAGAGCUAACAUGUUACAAAGGUGUCCUUUUUUCAUGGAUUUGACCCAGUUUGCAAUGCAUCAUAUUGGUUGGUCCUUUC